GAUGACGAAGUGCUUAUACUUCUUUUCAUUUGGAUUCUUUCGAUCUCGCAGAAAAGAAAAAAGGAAAACAAUAUCAAAUAAGCUCCUCGGCAAGUUUCAGCCGGCGACUCCCGAACAACAUCUCCGAUGAGGUCUUCAAGUGCUCAAAAUGGGGUGAGAGCAAACAACAGUUUUCCAGAAAACACGAGGAACCCACACAUUCUUGAAGUGGCUCCGCUGAACAGUUUGCCUUACAUUGGUCCAUCAACUGGUCAUACAUCUAUGUCGAGUAACAAAGUGAAUGAAAACGCAGAGAAAGUAGGAGGUCCAGCAAUGAUAUUUCUGCCUUCUGAAUCAAGUGCAGAGUUUAAUAACUUUAUCGCUCAAACAAAAACCGGAGUUGCUCUCACGGGUAGUGCAGCCAUGGGGAAGAUUGGACCAACGAUAGGUUUGGUGGAUAUUGCUGAAUCCGAUGACUCAUACUAUUUUCGUGUUUCACUGCCUGGUGUUUCAAGAGAUGAAAAGGAUUUCAGCUGCGAAAUAGAACCAGACGGUAAAAUUCUGAUAAAGGGAGCAACAACGACGGGGGAAAAGACAGUCUGCAAACACAAUCAGGUUUUCAAGAUGCUAACACAGAACUUAUGUCCACCGGGCCACUUCACCAUCUCUUUCCAGCUUCCUGGCCCUGUGAGCAGUGACGACUUCAACGGUAAUUUUGGGGCAGAUGGUGUUCUUGAGGGCGUAGUGAAGAAGGUAUACUACGAGGACUGAAACAUCCAAGUAUUUUAUUUUCCUUGUAAGCUAAACAUCUGCGUUGCCAUUAGAACGAUUGUUGAUUAGUUUAUGUCUUUUUGUAAAGACAGCUAAGUCUUUGGGAAAAAAUGCAAAAGAAACCCCCCAAGAAAAA